AUGUCUGCCCGCCAUUCGGUGCUCCUCGCGCUGGCCCUACUCGUUGUCCACCUAAGGGUCUCCCACGCCGUCAAGUGCUACAGGUGCACCAGCAAACCCGAUGGCCCCGACGACGAUCCCGAAGAUUGGCCCCGUUAUCAUCCGGACUGUAUGCAGGGCAGCAAGGACUUGCCGACCUGCGAGACAAGCGGUCCUUGCCGCACGUACAUGCUAACCGAUCCGAAUCGGAGGAGCUUGCGCAGAAGCUGCUUCCCUAGCGAGCUUCAGGUCUCCCUGGGCUGCCGCCGUGAAAAAGUGGAACAGUACCACGAAACGACAUGGGAAUGCUACUGUAACAGCGAUCUGUGCAACAAUUUGGAUGACGCCUCGCUGAAGGCCAAGGCGGCCACCUCAUCCGUCCCGUACCUCAUCGCCAUCGCCGUCGUCGGCGCCAAGCUGAUCGCCUUUUUC